AUUUUUUAAAACUCCAUGUUUCUCUCUCUCUGCAGAAAUAAAGAUUGCUUCAGAGUACGGAAACUAUUUGAACAGGCUUUUCGGUACAAGGACCCAUGCAAUGCGACCAAAGAAGAUUACCAGCCUUUAAUGGACCUGGCAAGAUAUUCCAUACCAUGCAACAAGUCCUUAUUUUGGAGCAAAACAAAUGAUCUGGCACAUCAUUACACGAAAACAAAUCAUAAUUUCCUUACCUUGGAAGAUACUUUGCUAGGCUACAUAGCCGAUGGGAUUACUUGGUGUGGAAAUCCCUCUGGUUCAGGAAUCAAUUAUGAAUCUUGUCCAAAAUGGACUGAGUGUGAAAAUAACCCCAGUUCAGUAUAUUGGAAAUUGGCAUCUAAGAUGGUAUGUUUUGCUGAUCUCUUCUCAGCCCCGAUGCUAAAUGUGCAUAACGUAUCAGUUUAAUGAAUCACUUUAAUG